AUGUCCAGACUUUCUUGUGUGCUUACAGUUUUGGCUGCACUGAGCUGGCAGCUGCAACUGGUUAACAGCAGCUGUAAUCUCUGUCAGGCCAGCAACGAUGCGGCCUGCAUUAAUCAGACUGCAUAUCAAUUGUGCUUUGGCCAGGAUAGCCCCAAUACGAAUCAAAUAUUCAACUGCCCCGACGGCCUGGUCUGCACGGAUAAGCCGCAAAUCUGUUUCCAGCGCUCCGAAAUGCCCGCCAGUUGUGGCGACACCGACAGCUGUGGCCUGUGCAAUGAGAACAAUGUAUUUGCCUGCACCUCGCGCAACACAUUCGCCUUCUGUUUUGGCGCCACGACGCCCACCGCUGUGAAUGGCACCUGCCCCGCGGGACGCUUCUGCGACGCCUCCAGCGUGGAUAUAUGUGUUGCCACAGCCACAGCCGACUCGAUCAUAUGCCAUUUGGAUUGA